GUGAAGUUUGCACAUACCCAGCGAGCGUCUGUUAAGGGAAUCUCCUCCUCGUUCUCCACUCAUCAUUUCAACAUCAACGCGUCCCAACUUUUGAACUGCUGCCUGCUGGACAAGUCAAGUCGUUUGCGCUUUGUGGUUUGACCAGAAGUUUUUUUUGUGGGGCAGUUCACCUUUGAAGAGCAAGAUGCCGACAUGUAUCACCGAGUUAGUUUUGAACUUGAGCAAGAACUAGCUUGGUGGUGGCACUUUUGACACAGCGGAAUAUAUCUCACCAACCUUAACGCUACAUCUGAAAUACAUGCUAUCAUGGAACUUAUUUUCCUUCUUCAUAAUUAAAGUGGACGAAUCUCAGCCUCUAUAACACCGUUUAUAAACUAAGGCAACAGGUGCGUUCCACGGUGCCUUUCCUGCGUAAAAGUCGUCCAAAAGUGAAUCUUACUGGAUGGAACCAUUGCAUUUAAAGUUAUAUUUUGGUUCCUUCAUCGAAAUGGGCUUAAUUGGGUGUCGCUGAACAGGAUUAUGUGGGUAGGCCAACAGCUUCGCAACCAUCGACCACAGAUGUUUCCCAAAUCGGAUUGGGGUCUUUCAGGCGCGAUAUCUGCGUGGUGAUAGAGACUCCUUGUUGUCCCUCGCCUGCUGCCUACUCAAUCGCGGCUGUCAACCAGGAUUCCCAAAUGAUCCAGCUAUUACUUGUGCUUCUCGCAUCGUCUCUCCAGCAAUAUGGCGUGGAAGCGGAGUCAAGUCACAUCACUAAACUUCACCACCCCGCGGCAAAGGAACAGAACGGGGUGCAGGAGUCUCCACAUGAGAAGGUAGUCUACGUGAGCGCGGAGGGGAGCGGUGAGAUCCACAGUCCAAACUUCCCGCGUGUCUACCCUCGCAACACCGUACUGCAGUGGAGGCUCGUCUCAGCCAAUGAGAACGCUCGAAUCCAGCUGACCUUCGACUCCCGCUUCGGAUUGGAGGAAGCAGAGGAUGGCAUCUGCAAGUAUGACUUUGUGGAGCUGGAGGACCCCUUGUCUGGCGUGGCUCUGGGCCGCUGGUGCGGGUCCCAGUCCAGCCCGGCUCCGCAGGUGUCUCCAGCCAAUCAGAUCCGGGUCCGCUUCACCUCCGACGAGUACUUCCCAGCGCAGCCGGGAUUCAGCGUCCGAUACACACUACUGCCUCAGGUGGCGUCCACUCCUGCGUCGUCCUUGGCCACGGCCGGCCAGCGUGCGGAGGUGCUGAGCGACGAGGUGUCCAGGCUGCAGACGGUGGAGGAGGUGCUGCGGUACCUGGAGCCCGAGCGCUGGCACCUGGACAUGGAGGAGCUGUACAAGCCCACCUGGCACCUCCUGGGGAAGAGCUUCAUCCAGCAGCGCAAGAACAGGGGUGUUGUCGAUCUCAACUUGCUUCGUGAGGAGGUGCGUCUGUACAGCUGUACCCCGCGGAACUUCUCGGUGUCGCUGAGGGAGGAGCUUAAGCGCACGGACGUCAUCUAUUGGCCGAGCUGCCUGCUCGUCCAGCGCUGCGGUGGGAACUGUGCCUGCUGCUCCUAUCGGUGCCACGACUGCCAGUGCCAGCCCACUCGAGUGGCAAAGAAGUACCACGAGGUGCUGCUGCUGAAGCACAGGCCGGGCGGGCGGGGUCUUCAGAAGUCACUGGCUGACGUCGCUCUGGAGCACCACGAGGAGUGUAACUGUGUCUGUAAAGACGACGACUCAGACUGAGCACACACACACACACACACACACACACACACACACACACACACACACACACACACACACACACACACACACACACACACACACACACACACACACACACAGGGCAGUGGACUGCUUUUGCAGGGCCAGGGACAAAAUCAUCUGAAGCGGCCCCCCUCUCAAUACAUACAAUGUAAUGUAGACCCUCGUCCUGGGCCCGGGACAAUUGACCCAUUUGUUCUUCCCCGACA